CGAGGCGCAGUGAACGUCACAUAUAGAUAAACAGACCCACACUGUCUGAACAGUUCAUGCUUAGAGAAGUUACGAAAUACGUCACUGACGCAGUGUUUAUUGAACAUAACGUUCCGAUGUCUGCGCAGUUUCUACCGAGAGAAGCUUAGAGAACAUCCAGUCGCUCUCUUGGACAAACACACACUGUCAGGAUGGUUUCAUACCAGCUGCUGAACCCUGAGGACGUCCAGUUCUCCAGAGCCGUGUUGACCGAGGAGCAGCGUCCCGUCCAAGAAGAGAUUCCUGUGCAGGAUCCGGAGGAAGCUUCGCUGCUCCCACGAUUUGCGUCCUGCUCCGUCACCAAAGGCCUCCUGGUGAUUGGCUGCCUGCUGCUCCUCCUCUGCGGCGGCUGGCUCCUGUGCACCAUGUUCUGGCUUCACGGGCCGUCCAACCGAGAUCCACACCGACCUCUGCCCCCCACCCCGGCACAGAAACCCCCGACAGCAGUCAACGACACUGCAGCUGCCUCCCGCCGUGAGGCCUGCGGUUUAAUCCCAGAGGCGUGGAGGUUCGACUGCUACCCGGAGAGAGGAGUGGUGGUGACCAGAGAGAUGUGUGAGGCGAGGAACUGUUGCUUUGUCCCCGCCUCCUCCUCCGCCUCCUCCUCUGCCAGCCGCCCAUCAGGGGGGAACGGUAUCCCCUGGUGUUUCUAUCCUCCGGAUUUCCCUUCCUACUCGCUGGUGUCAAUGAACGACACAUCCCUGGGGCAGAAAGGUACGCUGGUGAGGGAGAGGAAGACAUAUUACCCAGGAGACAUUCUCACUCUAGAGGUGGAGAUACGUCACGAGACGGACACACGGCUGCGUGUCAGGAUAACCGACCCGUCCGAUGCACGGUUCGAAGUCCCGAUCUCUGUCCCCACUGCCUCCAAGAAGGCAGCAAGUCCCGACUACGUUGUGGAGCUUUCAAAGGAACCGUUUGGUCUCAUCGUGAAGAGAAGAUCGACAGGAGCGGUGCUUCUGAACACCACAGUGGCUCCUCUCUUCUAUGCCGAUCAGUUCCUCCAGUUCUCCACCUCCCUGCCCAGUCAGUUCAUCUACGGCCUGGGGGAGCAUCGCUCGUCCUUCCUUCACGACGUCCACUGGAACACGCUCACCAUGUGGGCCAGGGACGUCCCUCCUACGGAACAGACAAACCUGUACGGAGCUCAUCCCUUCUACCUGGCCAUGGAGGACGGAGGGAACGCACACGGCUUCUUCCUGCUCAACAGCAACGCCAUGGAUGUGGCCCUGCAGCCGGCCCCGGCCCUGACCUGGCGUUCCAUCGGAGGAAUCCUCGACUUCUACGUUUUCCUUGGUCCUGAUCCUGGUUCAGUUAUUGAACAGUAUGUGGAAGUCAUAGGAUUCCCGGCUAUGCCCAUCUACUGGGCUCUAGGAUACCACCUCUGUCGCUGGGGUUACAAAACAAGUGAUUCUACCUGGGAGGUUGUGAAGCAGAUGAGGAAUUAUGGGAUGCCUCAGGACGUCCAGUGGAAUGACAUCGACUACAUGGACCAAUAUCUGGACUUUACGCUCGACUCAACGAAUUUUGGGACGCUGCCCGACCUGGUCAAGGAUCUGCACGCUCAUGACCAGCGCUAUGUCAUGAUCCUGGACCCGGGGAUCAGCAGCACUCAGCCGGAGGGCUCGUACUGGCCGUUCGAUGAAGGGCUGAAGAGAGGAGUUUUUAUUAAGGAUGCUGAAGGAAAGACACUCAUCGGGAAGGUGUGGCCUGGUUUGACUGCAUACCCUGACUUCUCUGAUAACGUGACACAUGAGUGGUGGUAUGAAAACCUCCAGAGGUUCCACGAUCAAGUGCCAUUCGAUGGAUUAUGGAUUGACAUGAAUGAACCGUCAAACUUCCUGGAUGGAUCCACUAAUGGCUGUCCAUCAAACAGUCUUGAGAAUCCUCCUUACACACCUGGUGUACUGGGAGGUUUGCUGAGAGGAAAAACAAUUUGUGCCACUGCACAACAAAAGCAGUCAAUACACUAUAAUAUGCACAGUUUGUAUGGACUCAUGGAAGCUAAAGCAUCUGCCAGCGCUCUGAAGCGAAUCGUUUCAAAAAGGCCGUUUGUGAUCUCUCGCUCCACCUUCCCCAGUCAGGGGAUGUAUUCUGGUCACUGGCUGGGAGACAACAGGAGCCAAUGGAAAGAUCUGUAUUCCUCAAUAUCAGGUAUGUUGACCUUUAACCUCCUGGGCAUCCCGCUGGUGGGGGCCGAUAUCUGCGGCUUCAGUGAGGAGCCGCAGGAGGAACUGUGUGUCCGCUGGACGCAGCUCGGAGCUUUUUAUCCCUUCACACGCAACCACAACUCCAUCGGCAUGCAGCCUCAGGAUCCCACAGUUUUCAGUCCACUGUCUCGUACGGCCAUGAAACAGGCUCUGCUGCUGCGUUACUCCCUCUUCCCAGUCCUCUACACACUCUUCCAUCACGCACAUGCACACGGACACACUGUUGCACGUCCACUGAUGUUUGAGUUUCCAAAAGAUCUGGGAACCUAUGGGAUCGACAAACAGUUCCUGUGGGGGAAGAGUUUGUUGGUGACACCAGUGUUGGAUCCUGGAGUGGAUUAUGUGGACGGUUACUUCCCACAGGGGCAGUGGUAUGACUACUACACUGGCGAUUCUCUGCGCAGUAAAGGUGAAGAGGUUCGACUUCAAGCCCCUCUAGAUAAGAUCAACUUGCAUAUACGUGAAGGAACGAUUUUACCAACACAGGCUGCCAAUCUGACGCUGUGGGUGAGCAGCGGUCAGCCGCUCCACCUGGUCUCCGCUCUCUCUGACGACGGCUCAGCCGCUGGAGAUUUGUUCUGGGACGACGGCGAGAGCAUCGACACGUUCGAGAGCGACAGUUACAGCUUCCUCCUCUUCAGCGUCACGCAGAUGGUGAUGACGUCGCAGGUGCUCCACAGUGACAUCGAGGCCACGUACAUCACCGUGGAGUCCGCCUCCUUCUACGGCGUGAAGGAGAAGCCCAGCAGAGUGAUGGUGAACUCCCAAGAGGCAACAUUCACGUACAGAGCAAACCAGGUGUUGACAGUUUCAGAUCUUGGUCUCAACCUCAGUCAGAACUUCACCAUCAGCUGGAUGUGAUGACAUUUGAAUGAGUGAACGCAGCCCAAGUGAUGCUUUUCAUUGUUUUGACUCCAAAACACUGGAUGGAAAAAUAACUGACUGAGUGCGGAUUUUGAACUUUGAACUUUGACUGAACACCAGGCUGAGAAGCAGCGUUUCACCUCUGCUCUGAUCUCGACAGCUGAACGUCACUGAAUCGCUGUUUUAGCUUUUUAAAUCCAGUUGGGUCUUACGCUAUUGAGCUCAGAGCCAAAACAAAAAAGAUGAGUUUGUGUUAAUUCUAUUCAUCGUGCGACGUCAUCUCACAAACUCCAAACGACUGAAGCUUCUCUGUGUGCAGAGCAAACGCACUCGUUGAGCAUCAACGUGCAAAUCACCGAGCUACACUAGUUUAGACUCUUGCUUUGAAUAUCCCACAUUAAUGACACUCGCUGAGGAGAUUUAAGCAAAACAAACAAACUGCUUUGCUUUAUACAUUAGCUUUAUUUUCUCAGCUCGGUUCAAUCGACUGAGCACUUAAUUAAAUCGAAUUAGCAGAAAGAUGAUGUGCAAUAAACAGAAGAGACUGAUAAUCACCCUCCUGAAGAGAAGACGGGAGCCUGCUGAAGUAAAUGCUUUGUGGUUUAAUGCUGUUUAAAGCCGAUUGUUGCACUAAUUGUUCUGCAGUAUUGUGGAGGACGACACAGGUGCCUUAUGAUUCCUGUUUGUGUGUUUCUGAGCGUUUCUGGAUUGGUUCCGUUCUAAUCUUUUAUUCAGUGCAGGCCGGCCAUCCUACUGCUUUGCCUGAAGACAAAUGUAGAACUGUGAAAUUACACUUGCAUCAGCUGUUACUGUUCUGUAGACUGCAACCAGAACCUGAAGCUGGAAACAUCUUCUUGAGCUGGUUUAGUCGAGUUAAUUCUGCCUAAAUUUGACCGUAAUGCUGUGGAAACGUGAUCUGAACUUAUGGAUUUUCUGCACCUUAUAGAACAUUUGAAAAUAGUUUCAUCAGUGCAUGUGUACUUGUGUUAAUGGAACUGAAACGGUGACGCCGACAGUUCGCAGUGUUUCGUCAUGAAGUUUUUAUUUUCUGAGUUUUACUGGAUGUUUUUUUUUCUUGAAGGACACGUAAAGUAUCAAAUGAAGAAUAUUUCAGGGCAGCGACACAUGACAAGAAAUGUGUUGAAUGUUAAAAUAAUCUCUUCAUUUCUCUGUAUUUUGCCCUUUUAAAUUAUUUUACAUGUUUUAAGUCGUGUUUUCAGUCCGGACGAGAUCAGAAGAUUAUAUCUGAAUAAACUUUAUUUUGAUCUUG